AGUGAAGAGCAAGUAAUGGAGCAGGUGAUGGAGCGCCACUACGACAUCGACCUCACCUAUAUCACGGAGAGGAUCAUCUCGGUUUUCUUCAUGCCAGAACUUGAGGAACUGCGAUACCACAAGGAGCUACAGGAAAUGGCCACCAUGCUUAAAUCCAAGCAUCAAGACAAGUUCCUGCUUUUAAACUUAUCAGAGAAGCGACAUGACAUCACAAGACUCAUCCCAAAGGUUCAGGACUUCGGCUGGCCUGAUCUCCACGCUCCACCUUUGGACAGGAUCUGCACUGUAUGUAAAGCCAUGGAGACGUGGCUGAAUGCUGAUCCUAAUAAUGUAGCGGUUCUCCACUGUAAGGGAAACAAAGGGAAGACAGGUGUCAUUGUGGCAGCUUAUAUGCACUACAGCAAGAUAUCAGCAGGUGCAGACCAGGCGCUCACCACACUGGCCAUGAGAAAGUUUUGCGAGGAUAAGGUUUCUUCCUCUCUUCAGCCUUCUCAAAACAGGUACAUCUACUACUUUGGUGGUCUGCUGUCAGGUGCUAUAAAAAUGAAUAGCAGUCCUCUCUUCCUCCAUCAGAUUCUUAUACCAUCAACGCCCACUUUUCAAACAGGAGGGGGUUACUUUCCAUUUCUGAAAAUCUACCAAUCACUACAGUUGAUCUACACCUCCUGUGUCUAUGACACACAGACCUCUAGGUCCAGGAAGCUGUGUGUGACGAUGGAACCAGCAUUAUUGUUAAAGGGGGACAUUAUGGUCAAGUGCUAUCAUCGACGCAGCCAAGCAGCAGAGAGAGAGGUAGUGUUCAGGAUCCAGUUUCACACGUGCACCAUUCAUGGUACCCAGCUGUGGUUUGGCAAGAAGGACCUUGAUGUAGCCUGCACAGAUGACAGGUUCCCUUGUGAUGCUGCAGUGGAGUUUAUCUUUUCUAGCAGGCCAGAAAAAAUAAAUGGUCAAGAAAACCAGAAGACAGACACUUCCAUCAAAGCAAACUUUGACAUCUCAGAUCCAGUGGUUAGAUGGGAUUCUUAUGAGAACUUAAACCUGCACCAUCAAGACAGCCCAGGAUAUAUUUCUCAUACAAGGGGCCCUCUUGAUGGCAGUCUCUACGCACAGGUGAGGAAACGACGAGGACCGGGCCUUACUUCUUCCCCCAAUGGAUGCCUCACCAGCAGCCCUACCGUGAGGCCGCAGAUUGCCCACCAGUCGCAGACUCUCACGGGCACUUUCAGUUGUGUCUCCUCUGAUCAGACUGAGAACCAUUUAGCCUGCUCCGCUCAUCUUGAAAGUGAUCCUACUGAAAGUCAAUUGGACAGAAAAGGAAGUGAAACAAAAGAGAAUAUACAAGAGAAAGAAAAGGACAAAGAGACCGAGGUUUUAGGAGAUGCAAAGCAGUCGAAUCCGGGUGGGUUACGUCGAGAACACUCGUAUUGUGGUCAAACAGGUAUAAAGUAUGGAGGUGCGGGGCGGCAAUGGGAGGAAAUGCCCUCCAUCUGUAAUAGUCACUGUGUUGGUUGCAGUAUCAACAGUAUCAAAAAACAUCCCAGAAGCCAAACUCUGCCAGCCAUACCUUCCAAAUCAGUGUCCCCACCUCCUCAUUUGAUGCAUAUGGAACUCUGCCAUCGUAAUACCGCCCAUCCUUUGGCGGAGUUAUCAUGGGAACAGCCAGCCCCAUCUGUACCUUGUCUCCACAGGCCAUGCUUCCCUUAUUCCGCUCCCGAACAUACACAUUCACAUGGCCAUACCCUUCCAGGUUCUAACAGACAUUACAUAGAUGAAUGCCAGGUCUUCCAUUUUGCUGGCCAACCUCCAACCUCGCAUCUUUCCCACCAAUCACUGCUCUCAAACCCUUACAGAGAGAUGUUCUUUGGCCCAUCAAACCAGUCUCCUGGAUGCCCUUGCCGAGAGUGCUCUAGCAGGCGAGAGCACCAGGCAGCCUCCCUCAGGACGUUACAUUCAACACAUCCAGUGGCAUUACAACGAACUGGAGAGGCAUUGUGGGAAACUAAAAACCCAUGGGAAGUGCCAAGAGAGGCUGACUUCUGGCACUGUAAAUCAACCGUACCACCAAUUCACAUCUGCCAUUCUGCCGCUUUGAAACAAGGUACAGAGCAGCCAAGGUUUGUCCUUGGACCUCACCAGAGUUAUCCCAGGGCUCCGCCUCUGAUGGACAUGCGGGAUGAAGCCAGCAGUGGAUAUCACACCCCGCCAUCUCUACGCCAGUCUUGCCCCUGCUCUCCUUAUCAACCAUCUCCUGUUGAGAGCCAUGGAAGUCGAGGGUAUGCCUCUGGUUAUCUCUCUGGGUCAGCCUCUCCUCUACCUGCCAGUAGCCCCUCUCCUGGAAGAGGGAGACUUCCAGAAACCCCUCCAGAAGCCAAAGAUCAGCAGCAGCAGGAGCACAUCAAUGUGAAAAGGUCCGCAUCUAGAACAGAGGCUGAUAUAUCCAAGGGUUCAGAGGGUAAACAUGACCGAUCAAGCACCCAGACUCUGGAUUCUGAUCAUGACUAUACAGUCAUUGGUGGCAGCAGCCCCACACACACAGAAGACAGUCAAGAUGCCUCAAUAUCACUGGAAUUCAACACAAAUGGAAGUAAAACACUCACGAUAACAGAGACUGAAGAACCGCCUCAAAGUUCUAGUACAACACCACUAUCAAGUGAAAUUUGUCAGAGUCAAACAUCGGAUGGAAAAGAGGUUGAGGAAGGAAAGGUCCAAGAAAAUGUCAGCAAUGCUGGUCAGUCUCAAAGUACGACUAUUAUCGUCACCUCAGUGGAAGACCAGCUCAGUGGCUCGAAUGUGCCUUGCGAUGGACCAAGUGGCAGCAGCACAACACAUGGUGCCAGCCCAAGCCCUUACAAUAGCUCUUCACAAAAUUCUCCAACUGAGUCCCCCAGUCAUAGCUCCCCCUUGGCCACAGAUCCACCAUGUCAGCGAUUAACACCUGAUCAAGACAUCUCAACUGAAACCAAACCACCAUCCCCUGUGCAAGAUGGAUACCACACACCAACGUUUCCCCAAGCAUCCUAUUACUACACUUUGUUAAAUGUCCCCCAUGUCCCGUACACAGGCUAUACUGCCAUUACAAUCCCCGCCAUUCAGCCACCACUCCCCGAGAAGAAGCGACUUUCAUCAACGCCGGGAUCCCUUAACGGGCAUACUACUCAUCUACGAGGCUCUCCGGUUCCUUCACCGACGCACAAUGUGACUUUGUCACCAACUACGGCAGAGCAGAGACCGUUCAGUAGCAGCAGGGAGGACAUUAGGGUCAAUGCGAAGUUUGUCCAAGAUAGCUCAAAGUACUGGUACAAACCGGGCAUCUCCAGAGACCAAGCCAUAGCAGUAUUGAAGGACAAGGAGCCAGGAACUUUCCUCAUCAGAGACAGUAAUUCGUUCCAAGGUGCCUACGGCUUGGCCCUCAAGGUGGCCACGCAUCCCCCGAAUGCCAACAUUGCUGGUAGUAAAGCAGAUGUCCUGGAACAGCUAGUGAGGCAUUUCCUCAUUGAGACAGGGCCGCGGGGAGUCAGAAUCAAGGGCUGUCAGAAUGAGUCAUAUUUCGGGAGUUUAUCUGCACUGGUGUACCAACAUUCAAUCACACCCAUCUCUUUGCCUUGUGCUCUUCGCAUCCCAGAAAAAGAUCUGGUUGGAGAUCUUCAGGAGAUCCGGUCUGUAACAAACACAAGCACAGCGGCUGAUCUCCUUAAACAGGGAGCAGCUUGCAACGUUCUCUACCUGAACUCAGUGGAAACUGAAUCAUUAACUGGACCGGAAGCAGUUUCAAAAGCAACCAAAUGUACACUGGCUCUGAGUCCACGCCCUGCAGCAACAACUGUUCAUUUUAAAGUUUCAUCUCAGGGCAUCACUCUAACGGACAGCAAAAGAAGGUUAUUUUUCCGGAGGCACUACCCCAUCAGCAGUGUAACUUUCAGUAGUCUUGACCCUCAAGACCAGAGAUGGACUAACAGUGAUAGCACGUCCAGCAAGAUGUUUGGUUUUGUGGCCAGGCGGACGGGCAGUGCUACAGAGAACGUGUGUCACCUUUUCGCAGAGCUGGAUCCAGAGCAACCUGCUGUGGCCAUCGUCAACUUUAUCAAUAAAGUUAUGCUCGGACCACAACUACGCAGAUGA